GCAGGAACCCACGUGUCCAACUAUCAGGAAAGCAGCACAAGACUGUGGACAGAGGGGAAUCUUGUGUGUACAUGUGAGGAAAGCCCCAUUUAUAGCCAUACACUAAGCUUUUUUUCGCUUUAUUACGUUUAAGGACAUUUUCACGAUGUCUUCGUUCAGGAAAGCCCUGAAAUCCCGGCAGAGGAACCACCAUGAAAGAUCUCAGCCUGGUUUUAGGAAAAACUUGGGAUUGCUGGAGAAGAAGAAAGACUACAAACUUCGAGCAGAUGAUUACCACAAGAAACAAAACACCCUUGCAGCCCUGCGAAAGAAAGCUCUGGAUAAGAACCCAGAUGAGUUUUACUUUAAGAUGAUCAACUCUCAACUGCAGGAUGGAGUUCAUGUUGCUAAAAAGGAAAAGGAGGAUGUUGAGGUGACAGAAGAGCAGAAGAAAGUAAUGAGGACACAAGAUAUCAAAUAUGUGGAGAUGAAAAGGGUUGCAGAGGCUAAGAAAAUCGAGAGGCUAAAAGGGGAGCUCCACCUUCUGGAUGCAGACAGCAAACAAAAGAACAAGCAUACAUUUUUUAUGGAUACCAGGAAAGAGGUGGAAUCAUUUGACCUGGCAGAGCACCUGAACACAGCUCCAGAGCUGGUGGGCAGAGUCUACAACAGACCGACUCUGCAAACUCUGGAGACCAAAAUCAUCCAGGCAGCUGCAGAGCCCACAAGUGUGGAGAAAUUGGCUAGACAGAGGAAGCACCAGUAUAAAAUUCUCUCCCAGAGGAUCGACAGGGAGAAGAAAAUGUUUGUAAUCAGCCAGAAGAUUCAGACACGCAAAGACUUACAGGAUAAGACAAAGAAAGUGAAGGUUAAAAAGGAGACGGCAAAUGCUGCAGCUAUCUACAAGUUUGAGGCCAAGAGGAAACGCUGAGGAGAAGUCAUCAGCAACUUUGCAAAGAGAAACCGGUGAAUUAAUGGAUUCUCUCAGACCAUCACCCAUGUUCAUGGGAUACAAUUCUUUCCCUUAAAUAUUGUUGCAGUUCUGUACAUAUUUAUCUAAGAAAUUUAGCUUCUUUUAAAUAAAAAAACAAGAAUAAA